CUGUGUAAACUGACAAGCUAGCUAGGGUUACAACAACCCUUGAACAUGCACACGUGAGUAAGCAAGGAUUAGAGGCUGUAGGACAGUGAUAACUCUCAUACUGUCGGGAACUAAAAAACCUGAGAGGCACGUGUGUUCAUGGAAGACUUCGUUGAGGUAAUUUAGCAGAAGGAAGUAUGAGUGGUGAAAGUCCUGCUUCUUCAGCCGGUUAUGGCAUUACUCCACUCCAACAGAUGGUGGCGUCCUGCUCCGGAGCCAUCCUCACAUCUUUGUUUGUUACACCUUUGGAUGUUGUGAAGAUCAGAUUGCAAGCACAGAAAAAUCCCUUCCCCAAAGGGAAAUGCUUUGUCUACUGCAAUGGACUUAUGGACCACAUAUGUGUUUGUGAAAACGGCAGCUCCAAGGCCUGGUACAAAGCCAGCGGUCACUUUAAUGGCACACUGGAUGCCUUCGUCAAGAUCGUACGCCAUGAAGGAUUAAAGGCAUUAUGGAGCGGCCUACCUCCAACGCUUGUGAUGGCAGUCCCAGCUACAGUGAUCUACUUCACGUGCUAUGACCAGCUGUGUGCAGUGCUGAGGGUCAGGAUGGGAGACCACGCUCAGGAGGCCCCUCUUCUGGCAGGAGCUAUCGCUAGAGUGGGUUCAGCGACGGUGAUCAGCCCUCUGGAGCUGAUUCGCACGAAGCUGCAGUCUCAGAAACAGUCGUACAGGGAGCUGACUGAUUGCAUCCGCUCGGCAGUGCAGAGAGAAGGCUGGCUGUCUCUGUGGCGGGGUUUGGGGCCCACACUCCUCCGAGACGUGCCCUUCUCUGCCAUAUACUGGUACAACUAUGAGAAGGGCAAGAGUUGGCUGUGUGAAUGGUACAACACCAGAGAACCCACGUUUACUAUAACCUUCAUAUCCGGAGCGGUGUCUGGCUCUAUUGCAUCCAUUGUAACGUUACCUUUUGACGUCGUCAAGACGAGAAGGCAGGUUGAGCUGGGAGAGCUACAAGCAAAGAAUUUGUCGUGUCAGGUCUCCUCCUCCACCUUCAGAGUGAUGAGCAGGAUCGUGGCACAGGACGGCUUUAGUGGACUUCUUGCAGGUUUCCUCCCCAGGCUGAUCAAAGUGGCCCCAGCCUGUGCCAUCAUGAUCAGCACUUAUGAGUUUGGGAAGGCCUUUUUCCGCAAACAUAACCAGGAGAGGAUACUAGGGUCUCUGCAAACCAGCAACUCUUGAUUUUCUUUUCCAGUUUUUAGUCAUUUCUCUCCAAACACCUCUACAACCACACCUUGAAGGAAAAGGCUUAUGUUGCCAAAUUAAUAACACAAGCAGAAAUGGAAUUUAAAAAAUGAACUGCUUGACCCAUUUCUGCAUUACAAGACAUUAUAGAAGAUCAAAAUGUAUAUCAAAAGCUUUUUAUUAGAAUAUUAUAUGGUUUUAUGUUUCCUGCUAUAGAUAAUGUGUGUACAACUGAGCUGUGUUCUUUGAUGUAUUUAUCAGCCAGCAGAUGGCAGUCACAUUUUUGUUAAUAUGUAAUUUUCCAGGUUCCACAUGUGGCGCUCUCCCUGGGAUCAUGUGCAUUGUGCCUGAAGUCCUUACAUUAGAGUUGUAUGAUUAAUUUCUAUUUUAUUCCUCUGUGUGUCACCCCGGGUUUCCUUCCCGGACACCAAAAGAGGAUCUCCGUGUUUUUGCACUUCCACUCCAAUCCCCUGUAACGUGUAAAUGUGUGUGACAGACAAACGCACAAAAAGCUUAUAUCAUGCCAGUACAGUGUGAGUGUAAAGCUAUGAGUGUUUUUUUUCAAUUUGACAAGAGACUGUGGAAGAGGACUGUGACACACGUAAAUGAAAAUGUGAAGUACCUGAUUGACUUUGUUGACUUUAUUCAAGCUUUGUCAACACACCUGUUGCCAACAAGAAACUAAUGUCACUAUCAAAUUUUCACUGUUUUAAUAAGUGGAGUUUAUUCAAAAUGAUAAAAAGGCAAACAAAUCCAAUAAAACAUCUGCUGUA